AUGACAGCUGAUCUACUGAGCAUCCUGCUGUUGCUGAUCCUCUCCCUGCUGAGGCUGAUGAGAGGUGACAAGGCCGUGUCCCACAUUCUCAUGGAUAUGGCACCAGAUUCCUUUGAUGACCAGUACCAGGGUUGCCGUGAGCAGGUAAUGGAAGAACUGGACCGAGGAGACUAUUUCCAAAAGGAAUUGGGUAAUAAUAAGAACUAUUCCAGCAUCUGGGAGAAAGCAAAGCUGGUCUGGUCAAAAAAGCCAGUGGCUCUGCUAAGGGAGAUGCAGGAGAAUCACGCUGUAGCCCUCCUGGCUUACACCAUGAACACCUCGCUGCACUCUGAUUUGAACUGGGCUGUGUCCAGAGCUGGGACAUCCCCAGAACACUACAGACACAGCUUCCCCUUCAAAUACCUCCACUUCUACCUGACUACAGCCAUUCAACUGGUGAGGAGAUGGAAGAGUGGCACCACAAGAAAAAAGUGCUACCAGGUGCACCGGGGGGUAAAAGGCCUAUAUUUUGAGGCUGAGUUGGGCACCAAAGUGCGGUUUGGCCGCUUCACCUCCACUUCACUCCUCCGGAAGGAAGCCCGGAGAUUUGGGAAUGAAACAAUAUUCACCCUGAAGACUUGCUUAGGGGCAGUUGUGCAACGCUUCUCCCACUACCUCUCCGAGAGGGAGGUCCUCAUCCCACCCUAUGAGAUAUUUCAGGUCAGAAACUUCAGCCGAACACCAAGUGGUAACUGGCUGUAUCUGCUCUCCGUGGGAAAUUACAGCCAAUACAACUGCCAGCUCCUGAAAGCUUCAAGCAGCAAGAACUGUAUCCACAGUCCUCAAGUCACUGCCUUUCUUUCUUGUGUGAUCAGUGCUUUCUUCUACUCCACCAGGCAAUGACUCUUUCCCUGAUCACAGAAGGAUUCAUGUGCUGCGUAAAAAGGAAUGAGUGAUGGGUGCGAGGGAUUUACAGCUAACCAGCCACAGAGGUGCUGAACACCUCCUGUGAUUUUACCUCUAACUCCCCCUGACUUCAAUGAG